AAGAAAUUAAACAUACAAUUCUUUAAAAUGAGUGAUUGUAGAAGCACUUGUGCAUUUAAAGGUUAAACAUGCAUGUUGAUGCUGACACAGGAAGUUCAGUCAGUAUAUAAAGUUGCUGACCGUUCACACAGCACACUUUCACACGGUUUCAAUCAGCAGCAGCUCAGGACUUCAGAUCCAAAAAUAUGAAGAUUUUAAUUUUUUUUUAUUAUUUUUUAUUUAUGCAUGUAAAUACUAGCAUGUACAAGAGUGUUUCUCUACAGGAGUAUCUGUUAAUGAAGAGAUGGACACUGCAGAGACAAUCAUUCUCUUCUGUUUUCUGUUAAAUGGUGUUUGCUGUAGAGAUUUUAGUGUCAGUCUGCCAGAGAAGAUUGAAGCUCUCAGUGGAUCCUGUGUGAUCAUAAAGUGCAGAUUUGAGAUUAAGAAAGAAUAUGACAAAUACCUCACUGAGAGAGCUACAGGAGUGUGGCUCAAAGAUGGAGAUCAUUUGAAUAACCAAGUGUUUAACUCCAGAGAUCCCAAACCUAAUCACUUUAAUGGGAAGAUAACUGGACAACUGCACGAGAAGAACUGCACCACUGUCUUUUAUAAUGUUAAUUCAAAGCACAGUGGUAAAUAUUUCUUCAGGAUUAAUAGUGAAGUUAUGAAAUACACCUACAAAACGAACAGCUCCACUAUAGAUGUCAUUGAGUCUCCUCCCAAACCCAGAGUGCAGCUGUAUGUGGCGCAGGAUCAGGAGGAGGUGUUGGAGGGGAGCUCUGUGAGUCUGCGCUGCUCUGCUGAGACUCUCUGCUCCUCUCCUCCAGCAACUCUCACAUGGAGCUCCACUCCCAGAAUCCCCCUCAGUGAGAGCAGCAGACUACAGGAGCUCAUCUCUGAUCUGAACUUCACUGCUACUCACCGUGAGCAUGGAGUCACUUUCACCUGCACUAUAACCUACCAGCUACAGGACAAGAACAAAACAGCACAGGACAGCAUCACAGUACAUGUUCAGUAUGCACCUAAAAUCUCUUCAUCCUCCAGCUGUAACAGAACUAAUGUAAUUGUGUGUUUCUGUGAGGCUGAUGGGAAUCCCUCUCCUGAACUGGAGUGGCAUCUGUCUGGACGUCCUGUCACUAACUCUUCAAACACGUUCAUCAGUGAAGAGCGAUUGAGCAGCACAGGCUUGAGGAGCUCCAUCACUCUACAUCAGUCUCUCACACACACAUCCACUCUGCAGUGUGUCAGUAACAACACUCGAGGCACUGCAAGAAAACUGCUUCAGCUGCCUUCAUCUGUUGAACGUUUGAAUCUUUUCUCUGUGCUGAUUGGAGUUGCUGUCGUGACUUUGGUGGUCGUGAUGUUGUGCGCCAUUAUAUAUACAUGUGUACGCUUGUCCACUAAGCUGAAGGCUCAGAAUGAGGCAGUCGACACAUAUGCUUCUCUUCAGCUCUCUGCUCCAGCCUCUGAAUAUGAGACUUUGAACAUUAAGAGAGGUCACAAACACAUCUGAUCUCCUCCUUUGUCUUCUUCAGUCAGCUGGACUUUCAGGAUUUUAAAAAUACACAUUUCCAAUAUCAAAGACUAAUAAAAAACUAAAUGCUUCAUAUCUGAUACAUAACAAAAGCAAGAAGACCAAGUCUCACUACCAGAGAAAUAAGCUAUUUUGAUAUUUGAUUUGAGCCAAAUCUGUUUAGUUGUUUGAAUAAAACAUUUUACACAUUUAGAAACUUGUAAUGAGAUGAAAACAAACAAACAAACAAAAAAUAUUUUAAAUGCAUUCUGGUUAUUAAUUAGUGUAAUAUCACUUUUGUGUUAUUUUAUGGACUGCCUGAUAACAAAUACAUAUUUUAUUUUCUCCAUUGUCUUAUAAAAUUAGCUGAACAUUCAGGAUUUUUAAAUGAAUAUGUCCUGUAUGAAACACACACUGUUUUACCCCAUGAAGAUUGAACAGAUGAUAAUCAUAAAUAAAUGAUUUUAAAAAGUGCUAAUUGUGUUCUUCAGUUCUAUACUUCCUUUUGUUUGUUAUUCUGUAAUAUUCUGUAUGUCUUUUUAGCUGACUGUAUAAAGUGCUUAUUUUGUAUUUUCUUAUGUUUACCAAAACAUUCUAAACAAAUAUAAACAGUUGGUGUGGAACACACUUGGUAAAGAGAGCAGUU